CUGGGUUGGGUCCCGACUCCCGUCCGCGUCGGAAUCCAUCCAUCGCGCUCUUCUAACAUGGACCAUAUGCGCACCGUUUCGCACCAAAACCCCAAAACUGACGGAGAGAGAUAGAGGCGGCCUCAGCUAUGGCGGACGACGACGACGACGAGAGCUUCGGGGACUUUCAUUUUGCAUCUUUCCCGAACCCCGCCGCCCAUUUUGCUUCGACCAUAGUCAAAGGCACAAAUGCUUCCACUUCUUCAUCACCAUCCCCCUUUUCAUGGGGCGAAUUCAUCACUACCCCCAAACACGAGCUUCCCAGUGGUGCCACCCAUCCCAUAUACCCUCCCAACAACAAUAGCUUCUCUAAAACCGAUCCCCGUGAACCGGAUCGGAUCGAGCCGGGGACGGCCCAGUGGGUGAAGCCAACGGGAGUUCUGCCGUUGUCAAUAUUUGGGGAAUUUGAAGAGGAAUUGACAGAGGAGAGGGGAUUCGGUGCGAGCGUUAUCGUUAACAACAAAAAAAGCGAUUCUGGGAGAGAAGGAUCCAAUUCCAGCGUUAAUGAUUUGAUUACAAAUCUGUAUAGUCAGAAUCAGCAAAUCAAGACCCAGAAAGGGUCGAGUUUGAACUCAAAUGAAUCGGAUUUUAGUACGAAUGGGUCGAAUUUAAGUAUAAACCGGUUGGACUCAAAUUCUAAUGGGUUGGGUUCGGAUUUGGCGGACGGGAAUGAUGGACUUGAUGAUGACAAUGAUGAUGAUGGGUGGGAAUUCAAGGUUGCGGAGCCAGAAGCUCAGAUCGGAAAUGGAGAUUCUAAGGUUGAACCGAAAGUACAGGAAAGUGCGGAGGGAGCCAGAACAUUUGGGUUUAGCAAUGGUGUACAUGAUCCUGGUGAUUUGUUUGUGGUUUCAAAUGGAACUUCCAACAGCAGUGGUGAAUGGGGUUUUGGGUUUGAUUUUAACUCAAGCCAUUUGACUAAACAAGAUGGUUUUAUCACGGGUUUAUUGUCCCAAAGCAAGGUCAAUGAUACUGCAAGUGGGAUGACUUCAUCGGAACCUAAUAAAAAAGUUGAUUCUGUUGAGAAUUUUUGGGAAUUUCAGGAUGCAUUUCCAGAAACUGGAUCAAAGUAUAAGUUGGAAAAGCCAAAGGUUGCUGAUACAUCUCUCACUGGUGGAGAAGCGCAAACAUUUGAUGGUGAUGGUGUCGUUGGUCCUGUAGAUUUUUUUGCUGUAUCAGAUGGGAUCUCUCAAAAUUCCAGUAAAGGGGCCUCUGGAUUUAAUCUCAACCCAAGCUCUAUGAACGGUAUAAUCUUGGAGUCAUACUCUAAAAGUGAGCCGAAUGAAUUGGUAUCCUCUUUGGUUGAUGAGAAUGUUGGUGCCAAUGAGAACUUUUGUGAAUUUAAUGAUGCAUUUUCAGAAUCUGGAUUGAAACACAAAUCAGAAGAGCCAAAGGUUGCUGAUAUUUCUCCUGCUGGUAUAGAAGCACUUACUUCUAAUCUCGAUUGUGUGAGCAAUCCUGAAGAUUCAUUGGUAGCAUCAGAUGGAAUUUCUCCCAAAUCUGCGGGAUGGGAAUUUGGAUUUGAUUUCAAUCGGACUUCUUUGGAUCAAGAUGACAUGAUCUCUGGAUCUUAUUCUAAAAGCAAACAGAAUGGUUUUAACUCCUCUCCAUUUGCUGGGAAUGAUGAAUCUGGUGAGAACUUUGGGGAAUUCAAGGAUGCAUUCUCAGAAACUGUUUCGAAGCGUGAGGAAAAGUCCAAGGUUGUUGAUUAUUCUCCUGCUGGUGUAGAAGCACCUGGUUUAAGUGGCGAAAUCCAGAGGAAUGGCAUAAGGUCUGAGAAUCACAGGGAACCCUUGCCCAUAAAUAUUUUCAGUGAUAGAGAACUAGGUUCGGAGGAACCCUCAAUCCUUCAAGAUGUUUCUACUGUCACACCCACUUCCAACCUGAGAGAUGGCAUUAAAAUUCCUAGUUCUAAUGUAUCUAUCAAUGAUCUAAUAUCAAGUUUAUACAGUCAAGCUGAGGAGAAUGCUUCUGUUAAUCAUACACCAAUAGCAAGUGACCAUGGGAUGCAUUCCAGCACAACACUAUUCGAAUCUGAUUUAAUCACCAGUGCUGAUGAUUUUGAUGAUGGUUCCUGGGAUUUUAAGACUGCCGCAUCUGGAACCAGAACUGAAGAUAGAACUUCUGAUAUUGAUCUUGGAGAUUCACAGAAACCACUUUCUACCACGUUAGAGCUAAAUGAUUAUGUGGAUUUCUAUAACACAUUAAAGGAUGAACUGAGCUCAGUUGCAGUAUUUCAUCUUGACAAUCUGAAGAAAGAUCAAAGAACUGCUGUUCUUUCUGGCGAAGAGGCAAAAGCGAAAUCUCUUGAUGAGGAAAUCCAGAAAUUCUAUAAUGAACUGCACAAGGAUAAUCUGAUCUCGAAAGAAGUCUGGUCAGAGGAUCUAUCAGCAAGAGCGAUUCACUUCAAUGAAUUUCUUGACAUUUUGCUGGAACCCAAGUUCCAAGUGCUUGAAUCAGAAUAUCAGAUGUCAAGAAGAUUGACAUUGGCAGAAAAGGAUUUGAAAUCGGCUAUUGAACUCCUUAAUGAUGUGGAAUCAACACUAGCGAUUCUGAAGUUGGGAACAAUGGAGGAGCAACAAUAUUAUGUUUCGACAUGGUCUAGUAUACUAUCUGUCUGUGCUCAUGAACUGAAACAUGGGGCCUCAAUUUGGAAGCAGUCGUUGCAAAAGAAUGUACGAAGUCAAAUACUAUCUGAACCUGAAGGGAAGCGAUGCAUCCUUGCCCUUGGAGAAAUUUACAGAGUCGUCGAAGUUCUUGGAGCCUCAACCAAGGUUUAUAAGCCAUGGAUAUUUUCAACUUCUGGCAUUGCCACUGGCUUGUAUGGCCUUCUAAGCGAGUGCUAUAGUAUAUGGGCAAGUUCAGGACUUGAAGAUGCUCUCAAGAGCAUUUCUGAUCGUAUUGAUUUUCAGCAUGAAGGAACAAUAAAGGCACUACUGGAAUCUAUCAAGUUUAUUCAUGAUAUUGAUGCAGUUGCACUUCAAAAUCAUGUAUUCUCAGGACAACCUAUUUGUAGGUUAUCAGCCUUAACUGCAGGAACAGUGCCAGGUUUGAAACUGGUGGUUUGGAAUGGGGAGCACUACUUUCUAACUCUUGCAAACUUGUGGGCAAAUCUAAUAAGUACAGAUCCUCCUAAGUUGCCUCAAAUUCAUGGUAGCUGAUGAUAUAAGGAAUCAUACCAAAAAAAAAGGUUUGGAUGCUUUUUUGGAGCUCUCAGCAGUGAUCAAAAUUGUGAAUUGUUUCCUCUGGAAUGAGGCUUUUGGAGCACAAACUGCAGUUGACACAAUGAUCGAGGGAACUAAAAAGCAGAGUUCGAUUUUCAAGACCCUGAUGAGCAGGAGGGUGCUCGGUUUUCAUCGGGACAAGUAUACAAUUCAAUCUUUCUCAUCGUUCUCUUUCUUUUUCUUCAUUGAUCACCAUUCUUUUUGGCGGAAGCUAUAGGUUAGCCAUUGGAAGUAUGAGUAGUGUAGUAUUUUGUUGUCCAGUCUGUGUAAUAUUCUGAAAGUAGGUGACAAAAAUUACCCAUAUACAUUGAAAAAAUAUAGCUGUGAAACAUUGAGGAUAGUCAAUGAUUUCUUCCUCCACCUUUUUCCACAUUUUCAUUAUGUAUUGUGAUUGAGAGGCAUUAAGCAUGAAUAAUGAGAAUGUUGAAUAAUACAUUGUGAAACAUAUGUGGACUUUCCAAUCA